AGGGGCGCGUAGUCUGCGCUCCGGGGGGGAGGGGCGCGGCGCCGCGUCUGGAGCCCCGCGGUCCGGUCCUCGCGCCCGCCCGCCCGCGGGUCCCUCCUGCCCCUGCCUGCCGGGCAGGGCCGCCCGCGCCAUGGAGUCCUACGACAUCAUCGCCAACCAGCCCGUGGUCAUCGACAACGGCUCUGGGGUGAUCAAGGCUGGCUUUGCAGGAGAUCAGAUUCCCAAAUACUGUUUCCCAAACUAUGUCGGGCGCCCAAAGCACAUGCGGGUGAUGGCUGGAGCCCUGGAAGGGGACCUCUUCAUUGGACCAAAAGCAGAGGAGCACCGCGGGCUGCUGGCUCUGCGCUACCCCAUGGAGCACGGCGUGGUGCGGGACUGGAAUGACAUGGAGCGCAUCUGGCAGUAUGUCUACUCCAAGGACCAGCUGCAGACCUUCUCCGAGGAGCAUCCUGUUCUCCUAACGGAAGCCCCGCUCAACCCGAGUAAGAACCGGGAGAAGGCGGCAGAGGUGUUCUUCGAGACCUUCAAUGUGCCGGCCCUGUUCAUCUCCAUGCAGGCCGUGCUCAGCCUGUACGCAACAGGACGCACGACAGGAGUGGUGUUAGACUCGGGGGACGGGGUCACCCAUGCUGUCCCUAUCUACGAGGGCUUCGCCAUGCCGCAUUCCAUCAUGCGGGUGGACAUUGCUGGCCGCGACGUCUCCCGCUAUCUCCGGCUGCUGCUGCGCAAGGAAGGCUUCGACUUUCACACCUCAGCGGAGUUUGAGGUUGUUCGGACCAUCAAAGAGAGAGCCUGCUACCUGUCCAUCAACCCGCAGAAGGAUGAGGCUCUGGAGACAGAGAAGGUGCAGUACACCUUGCCGGAUGGCAGCAUGCUUGACGUGGGGCCAGCACGAUUCCGGGCCCCCGAACUGCUGUUCCAGCCAGACCUGGUAGGGGACGAGAGCGAGGGGCUCCACGAGGUGCUGGCCUUCGCCAUCCACAAGUCGGACCUGGACCUCCGCCGGACGCUGUUCGCCAACAUCGUGCUUUCAGGAGGCUCCACGCUGUUCAAAGGCUUUGGCGACCGAUUACUAAGUGAAGUGAAGAAGCUUGCCCCAAAGGAUGUCAAAAUCAAGAUCUCGGCCCCUCAGGAGCGGCUAUACUCCACGUGGAUCGGUGGCUCCAUCCUGGCCUCGCUGGACACUUUUAAGAAGAUGUGGGUCUCCAAGAAAGAGUACGAAGAGGAUGGCGCUCGUGCUAUUCAUCGUAAAACCUUCUAGUGCCCAAGGAGGAGGGGGCAGCGUUGGGAGAAUGGGAGGAAAGGGAAGCCAAAGUCUUUGACCCUUUCUGUCUGGGCCCCCUGCAUGCCCCGACCCCGGGCAGGGUGCAGCAGCGCCUCCCUGCAGCCCUCCCACAUGCACGCACACACACAGGAACGUUUAGCUGCAUGGGUGGGAGUCUGGAAUAUAGGAAUUGGGGAGCCCAGCCUUCGGUGGUUCUAGGGGUCCCUCGUGGCAGGACCAAUUAAGCCUAUGGUUCCUGCCUCUAACCCUUGGGGCUGCUUCCCUGAGCUCCAAGGCCAGACACCCAAACGCCCCCAUUUCCUCUGACAGUCCCUCCCAGAGCCGGGGUGCCUGUGUAAGUAGCCUUGGGGAGUGGAGGAGAGGAGGGGCAGCCAGCAGCUCCCACUGGUGCAUCGCUGUUUUUCAUGCCUCCUCCUCUUCCUGACCUGACAGGCUGGCGAGAAGGCCAGCUACUCCUAGGCAUCCCUGACCUUCCGCACUGUCCCCCCGUCUUCCUGAGUGGAUGCCUGGGUGCAGGCUGAGUCCUGGUAGCCUGCCCUCCCCAGUGAGGGGUUCUGGCCACGGUUGGACCCUAUAGAGCCAGGGCAGAGUACGCUGGGGGCUUGGGCAGCCAGUCUGUUACACUCUCCCCUUCAAAGCACUUCAUUGACUUGCUGCUCCUCCUCCUUUACCCCAGUACUGGAUGGGGAAGGGUUAAUGGUCUUUGCUGGUUGAGGGGGAGUCACUUAAUCAGGAAUCGGACCCAGAGGGGUGAGGGGGCACAAUCCUCUCCCAUGAAGGUCUUCAUUACCCUGGGGCCAGAGCCCCACCGCCCCCUCCCAGAUAUGUAUAAUAAUUUAACACAGUUGCCUGAAAAAAAACAUUUUUGUAAAGCAUUAUAGUAAUAAUUAUGGACAAGGCCCAGUGUGUGGCCGUUUUCUUGUGGUUCUUGUGCUGUUGUUUGCUCACCCAGCCCUGGGGACUCUGAGAGAAAGGACAGGCACGGAGCAGUAUGGCACUGGCUCUAGUUCAGAAGCCUGAGGGUUUUAGUGGUUGGUGGGGCAACGUGGCACGGGAGGCCCCAGGAGGCCGGGCUUUCUGCCUGGAGGCAGAAUUCCCAGCCUCAUUACCCAUCCUCGGAGCAGCAGGACCAGGCUGCCUUCCUCUGCCUGGUCCUGGACAGGGCCUCCUGGCAGGUGGGGCUCAGGCUUUGUGUCUGCGUCCUACCUGUUGGAACACCUCUGCUGCCCCCUCACGUGUGGCUGUGGCUGACAGACCACCAUUGAUGCAGGCAGAGUUCAGACAAGUCAGGAAGGAGAGUGAUGGAAGGAGAUGGCAGAGGUGGUGUCGAUGAGCUGGGCUCUCAAGGUAGAAGCUGAGGCCAGGAAGGCGGUGGAAGGAGCAGUGAGAAACAAGUCCAGAGAGUGUCUGCCCUUCACCAAGUCUUUGAACACCUGGAGUAUGUCCCGGAGGGUGCCGUUUGGGGUCAAUGGUAAACAUCUUUGCCCCAAAAAACACAGGUUGGGAGGAAGAACAGGCUAUCUCAGUACAGAGUUGUAGGGCCAAACAGAGGGGCAUCUAGCCCAGCAGUGGGGCAGGUUGGCUUGUGUGGGUCCAGGAGUUAACCAGGUGUGGGAGGGUGUUCCAGGCAGAGCUAAGAGCUCAAGGAGACGCCUGGGACCGGAGGGGCUGGACAGAAGGGCACAGACCUGAGUGAUGCCAAGUCAGCAGGGAAGGGGAAGUGGUCUCUGGCUAGAAUGCAAGGUAGACCAAAGAGGGAGGUGGGACCAGCGUAUGGAGGCCUCGGGGGGAGGGGGAGUUACUGUGUCCUGGCUGACGGGCAGCCUGCCACAGAAGCAUGGUUGUCAUCGGUGUGUGUGGCAGGCAAUGGAGCUAGAAGAGCUGAGGGAGGGCCCAGGACUGAGAUCAUGUGUAAGGGGAGAGAUUACUCUGUCUGGCCUGUCUUCACGGGGCAUUUUGUGAGGCUUUGUGGUCAGUGAGCAGGUAACCCCAUACCUGCCUUCAAGGGGGAAACAGAAUUUACAGAGAACCUUUUGUUUGGGGUUCUGUUCAUGUUUUCUCCCAGGCACACAAGUUGCAGCCCUAUUACAUUGAGUCCUGCCUCCUUCCUACCUCCUCCACAUUCUGUCAGUCACCAGUCCUGUUGGUUCUGUGGUAUCUUUCCCCCUUAACUUCUUUCCCAUGAUGGCCGCACCCCUCUGGCUCAAGACCACAGCUCCACUUUACCCAGCAAUCUUUGCUCUUGGAGCUAAAGCCCAGAGAGCCUUGGUUCUGCCACUUCCUAAUCCACAGUGUAAGCAGUUCGCUGCCUGGUGAAAUCACCUUCAUGAACUACCCAUUGUUGAUUUAGUUCAGGCCCUUUGGGAUCUGUCUCUUCCCCGUCUUAGUCUUCCACAUCAUCAUGCCCUGCUUUGCCCGCCAGCCAGCCUCUGCUCAUGCUGUUCUCUGCUAGGAGUGACUUUCCCAUCUGUCUGUGAAAAUCCCAUCCUGUAAGCCAAACACUAUGCAGCACGCCCCUCCCUCUUUCGGCAGGGAUGGUGCGAGCUCUGGCCCUGCUGGAGCAAAAUGACAGAUGAGAAGGUGGUAAGGUUAGAAUGAACCUUAUGGGGGUAUAUGGAUUCCUAGAUACAUCCAGAUAGAUACUGAAAUAAAUAUGCCUCUGGGUAUGACCACUAGGGUUAGAAAUAUUUGUAUAUUUCCUAGCCCUGACUGCUCAGAGGGCCUAGAGGCAGUGAUACCCCAGUAGCAAUGAGCACAUAUAGUAUCCAAAUCUUGGUUUCUAAAUACUAUUCUUCAAUAAAAGGAACCAGAGCUCCUUGAGGAAAUUCUGAUCUGAAGCAGAGAGAAUAUAAAAUGAGUCUGGAAUAUCUUAUACCAUAAAGUAAGAAUAUGCUCAAAAAAGGAAGGAGGCUUGUCUCGACACAGGAACCAACCUGAGGGAGCACCCAGGUUGCAGUGAAUUAUAAGCCAUAGAAUACAAUCGUGAUGAGUCCACUCUGACAUAGAUUUAUACAUGGGAGAGAAGGGACAGUUCUUCCUUACAGUAAAAUUGCAAUUAAUGUUUACUGAUCUAUUAGUGCCAUAAAGAAAUCAGUGCACAACAGUUUAAAGCAACAUAAAUACAGUUCUAUAGAAGUCUGACAUAGCCCUGGGUGGGUAGCUCAGUUGGUUAGAGCAUCGUCCCAAUACACCAAAGUUGCAGGUUGAUCCCCAGUCAGGGCAUAUACAAGGAUCAAACAAGGAAUGCAUAAGUAAGUGGAACAACAAAUCAUUGUUUCUCAUGCAAAUCAAUUUAAAAAAAGUCUGACAUGGGUCUCACUUGUGCUGAAAUCAAGGUGUCAAUCCUUUCCCAGUUGCUGGAAGCGACCUGCAUUUCUUGGCCUGUGGUCCCCUCCAUCUUCAAACCAGCAACACUGCAUCUCUCUACUCUUCCAGUUACAUCCUUCUCUGACUUCUGCCACCCUUGUAAUUACUGGCCCGCAGACAACCAGGGUAAUCUCCAUUUUAAGGUCAGAUGAUUAAGCAACCUUCACUCCAUCUGCUGCCUUAACCUUUCGCUACAGGACCUAAUAUUCUGUUUCUGGGCAUGAGGACAUGCACAUCUUGGGUGAAGAGAGGCUGUUACUCUGCCUACCACCACCUGGAUAUGUACUGGAGACUUUACCUAGAGAGGAUAAAGCAGCAAAGUGGGCUUUGAGAUGAGGGAGGGAGAAGGCAGAUCGAUUAAUGAUAUAGAAAGUCAUUGAAGGUGGGAAUGGUAGGGGUAAAUUUAAUAGAUGGCUACCUAGGUGUUCCUGUUCCCUUUCCCACAGGGAAGGGUCUUCAAUGGCAGAGAAAUGCUUGUGCAUUUCCUGGAAAUGAGACGAUAACUGAUGACAAGGAAUGGAAGCAAUAGUUGUGACCAUACCUUGAGGAGACAAUACAAGAUUGGGGAAAGGGGGCUUUUCUCUUCAAUUCUCAUUAAUUCAAGUGAAAUAUCUAGUUUGAAUCAAUUUUGUGAGACUAACUAAAGUUCCUCUGUGGUUAAUCCCAACACAAAGUGGAAAGGUACUUAUUUCCAUUUUAUAGGUAAACAGUUUUCGAAAAUUAUCGUCACAAAUAUAAUGUGGCUAAAUUGGGCUGUUUCUCUGCUCAACUAUUUUUGGUGCUGUUUUAUUAUUAUGGCAAAGUUCGAACAUACACAAAAGCAGAAAGAACAAUGAUCUCAUACCUACCUAGCUACAAGGGAUCAAUCACACCCUAAAUCACUUGUGUUUUAAAGCUAAUCAGGCAUAUUUUACCCCUAAGUACCGGUAUGUACCUCAAAAGCAUAAAAAACUAACUCCAUUAACACCUAAAAAUGUAAUAAAUCCUUAAACAUCAAAUAUACAGUUUAAAAUAUUCUAA